AUGGCAAAUCAAUAUCGUAAAAGUCCGACAGUUGGACAAUACCUGGAAAAGAAAGUUGGGUAUGAAUUUUGGUCCCGAGCACAUUUCAAAGGAAUCCGUUAUAAUAUUAUGACAACUAACAAUGCAGAAUCUUUGAACUCGUUAUUCAAAAAUGCUCAGAAGUUUCCAAGACACAUUGAGGCUGAAAAAUGUGCUACUAUUCUAACCCCGUCCGUUGAGGAUAAAAUACGUAAAAAGUAUGAUGAUGCAAAGGGACUGAUAGUGGUACCGAUAAAUGAGUAUGAGUUGCACGUCAGUGUUGAGAAUGAAAUACAUAUCGUGAACUUGGAGGCAAGAAUCUGUAGUUGUAGGGAAUUUGAUUUGAAAAAGUUUCAUUGCAAACAUGCACUUGCAACAACGAAAUUUAAGGGAAUAUCUUGUAACAGUUUGUGCUCACCUUAUUAUUCCAGUGUUAGUUGGAAACAAGCAUAUGUUGUAUAUAUCCAGUGGCAAAUGAGGUUGAUUGGAGAUUGCUGA